AUGUUGGAAUUCGGUAAAAACAACCAAGGGUUGAAGGUAUUCCAAAACAGGAUUUGGGUGCCUAAGAUGGGAGGAAUGAGAGAUCUUCUCAUGGAAGAAGCCCACAAGACCAUGUACCCGAUUCAUCCCGGUAGUACCAAGAUGUAUAGGGAUCUGAAACCUUACUAUUGGUGGACGACGAUGAAGCUUGAUGUUGCUAAGUAUGUGGUUGAGUGUGUGACUUGCACAAGAGUUAAAGCGCACCAUCAGAAACUAUAUGGGAUUUUGGAGCCCUUACCGGUGCCCAUGGGCAUGGAGAAAUAUUUAACAAAGAGAAAAAUUUCGGAUUCAUCAGAGGCAUCUAAUGUUGAUUUUUCUAAACAUAGCCGUGUGGAAAUCAAUUUACCAGAUCUUCCCUCAGACCCUGGAAUGAGGACUAGGAUUUUAGAUUAUGAUCCUAAUGUUCGAGACGAAGUUCGAAGAGCAUACCUCUUAAAAGGGCCUUGCCAACCUAAAUCUCAUGAGUUUCCUUACACUCUUUUUGGCAAAAAAGCACGAAGAUUUAAUGUUGCUUGGUUUAAUGUUAAAGAAUAUUCUACAUGGCUAGAAUAUAGUGUAACUCAAAAUGCUGUGUAUUGCUUAUAUUGUUAUUUAUUCAAACCAUAUGUUGGAGCACAAGGAGGCGGUGAAAUGUUUGUUAGUGUGGGAUUUGAAAAUUGGGGACAUAAAGAAAAGUUGAAUCAACAUGUUGGAGGUUUCAAGAGUGGUCACAACCAAGCUUGGUCCAAGUGCAAGGAUUUAUUGAACAACAAACAACGUGUUGAUGUUGCGUUUGCAAAGCAUUCAACACAAAGUUCAAUAGACUAUGACAUACGAUUGGAUGCAUCAAUUGAUUGUAUUCGAUUUCUAUUAAGACAUGGUCUUGCAUUUAGAGGACAUGAUGAAAGUGAAACUUCAGCUAACAGAGGGAACUUUAUAGAGUUGUUGCAAUUUCUAGCUGAUCAUAAUCUAAGCAUUAAAGAUGUUACUUUCAAUAAUGCUCCUUUGAAUCUAAAGUUGACUUCACCAGAUAUCCAAAAAGACAUUGUUCAUGCAGCUGCAAUGGAAACAACGAAGCUCAUUAUUAAUGAUAUUGGCGAAUGUUUUUUCUCUCUCCUUGUCGAUGAAUCUCGUGAUAUUUCGAUUAAAGAACAAAUGAGUGUUGUGUUGUGGUAUGUAGAUGUAGAAGGUCGUGUAAUUGAACGCUUUCUAGGUAUUGAUCAUGUCCCAAAUACUACAGCUAUUACACUUAAAGAGACACUCGAUAACUUGUUUUCAAGACAUGGGUUGAGCAUCUCCAGUUUGCGCGGGCAAGGUUAUGAUAGGGCAAGUAAUAUGAAAGGUGAACUUGGUGGUCUUAAAACUUUGAUUUUAAAUGAAAAUGCAAGUGCAUAUUAUAUUCAUUGUUUUGCUCACCAGCUUCAACUUACUCUUGUAGCGGUGGCAAAAAAUAAUUCAAAAAUCGUUUCUUUGUUUGUGUUGCUAACCAAUGUUGUGAAUGUUGUUGGAGGUUCUUGCAAGCGUCUUGACCGUCUUCGAGAACAACAAGCUUCCAAAGUUAUUGAAGCACUUGGUUUAGGUGAAAUCAUAAGCGGUCGAGGCCUCAAUCAACAAACAUCUCUUAUCAAACCGGGAGACACACGUUGGGGAUCCCAUUAUGGUACUUUGAUAACACUACAAAGGAAAGAUCAAGAUAUUGUAAAUGCAAUGAACUUGGUUAGAAUUUGCAAGAUGCAAUUGCAAAAUUUGAGGGAUGGUGGAUGGGAUUCUAUGCUCACCCAGACUACAUUGUUUUGUAAAAAACACGAGAUUGAGGUUUGCAACAUGGAUGCAAUGUUCUUACUUCCUGGACGGUCACGACGAAAAUAUCCAAAGAUGUCAAACUUACACUACUAUCAUGUAGAGUUAUUCUACGAUGUCAUUGAUUUGCAACGCACAAAACUAGAGAGUCGUUUUAGUGAGACUGGCACCAAAUUGCUUCUUUUCAUGGCGUGUCUCAAUCCAAAUAACUCAUUUGUAGCUUUUGAUAAAAACAAAUUAAUUCAGCUAGCUCGUUUAUAUCCAAAUGAUUUUUCAGAUAUGGAUUUGGAGAUACUUAACGAUCAACUAGAAACUUAUAUUCUCGAUAUGUUGAAUUCGUCAGAGUUUUUGAAUCUAAAUGGGAUUGGAGAUCUUGCAUAG